AUGUUUAAUAAUGAUAUAAUAAAAGAAAAGGAUAAUUAUAAACAAAAAAUUAGUGCAUUAUAUAAAAAUGAAACAGAGGAUAUCAAAGCAUAUAAUCAUUAUGAUAUGAAAGAAGAAGAGGAAGAAGAAAAAAUAAGUGGAAAAAAAAAACCUUCUAUUAAAAUUUUCGGUAGCCCAGCUUUACAUGGGUUAAAUUCACAACUUAAUAAUAAUAGUCAAACAGAUUUAUAUUAUAAUUUUGAUAGUUUUUUAAAGAGAGACAAAGAAAAGAUUCAAGAUGAUAAAUUAAAUUAUUCUGUUGGAAGAGAAACUAUUGAAGAUUAUACAAUGCCAACCCUUGUUGAAAGUAAUAAAUCAGAAACGGAGGAAUAUGGAAAAUGCUAUUUAUAUAAUAAGUAUGAUAUAUAUAAAUCAUAUAAAAAUGAUUUAAUAAGAAAUGACAAUGACUUGGAUUAUAAGGGUAUCAUGAGUUCAUCAAAAUUAAAGGAUGAUAAUGUUGAAGAUGAUGAUAAUAAUCAUACUUAUGACAAUCAAUAUGAUGAUGAUUAUGAUAAUAAAUGUGAUUAUAAUUAUGAUGAUAAUUAUGGUGAUGAUUAUGGUGAUAAUUAUGAUGAUCAUUAUAAUAAUCAGUGUGAUUAUAAUUAUGAUGAUAAUUAUGAGAACCAAUGUGAUUAUAAUUGUGAUGAUCCCUUUGAGGAAGAGAAAUAUUCCACCUACUGUGAUAAAGGAUAUCUAAGAAGCUUCUUAAAAAACGCAAUUGUGAGACCCAACUUACAAACUUUUUUAGGAAAAAAAAUUAUUUCCUUUUUAAACGAAAAAGAAAGAGAUAUAUUUUCUUUAACAUGCAAAAUAUUAUUUUUUGAAGUAUAUUCUUUGAAUAAUUUAAAAACGUUAUAUAAGUAUCAAUUUAUAAGUGACGAAAAAAGAAGCUUUAUAUGGAAAGCGAUACUUUUAGAAGAGAAUACUUACAUAAGUGAAGAAUAUUAUAAAGAAUUAAAGAAUAGAAAAAGUAUGUAUGAUAAAACAAUAGAAAAAGACAUUAAUAGAACAUUUCCAAAUAAUCCGCAUUUUAUAAAUAAAAAUAUGAAUAUGCAAAAUAAAUUAUUAGAUAUAUUAAAAGUAUGUUCAUUAUAUUAUGAACGUAUAGGAUAUUGUCAAGGAAUGAAUUAUAUUGCUGGUAUAUUAUUAUUAGUUUUUAGAAAAAAUAUAGAUACAAUACGUUGUUUUAUAUCUAUGUUAAAAAAUUAUAAUAUAAAAGGAAUGUUCUCAUAUAAUUUUCCACAAUUAAAAAAAAUAAUUUAUCAAUUAAAUAUAUUAAUAAAAGCAUAUAUACCUAAACUUUUUUAUUAUUUUAGAAGGAAAAAAAUAAAAAUCGAUUUUUUUUGUGUGAACUGGUUUUUGACUUUAUUUUCUCAAGAUUUAAGUUUUGAAAAUACAUUAAAAUUAUGGGAUUUAUUUUUUUUAUUUGGAAUAAAAAUAUUAAUGAAAUUCACAUUAAUUCUUUUAUAUUAUCAUGAAAAUAAUAUUAUACAUUUAUCUUAUGAUGAAGCAUUAACAUAUUUAAAAACUAUAACCAAAUCACCUUUUAUUAAUUAUCUUUUUCAAGAAAAUAAUUUCUUUUCAUAUUUAAAAAAAUUCAAAAUAACAAAUAGAAUGCUCACACAAAUAAUUCUCUUAAAAAAAAAUCAUCAAAAAAUUAAUUUACUUGUCAAAGAAAAUAAUGGAAAACUCAAAUGUUCAAUUCAAAUUAAACAAAAUAAUAAACAUACAUUAACAUCCAAAAUAAAGGAAAGAUUUAGAAAUUUUUUUAACUUUGAUGACACUUAUGUUGAUUAUAUUAAUUAUUUUUACAGGCAAAAUGGUGAUACUAAUAGUAACAAAAGAGAUGACAACAUAAAAAAUGACAACACAAAAAAUGAAAACACAAAAAAUGGCAAUGAAAAAAAUGACAACGAAAAAAAUGGCAAUAAAAAUGAUGAUGAUGAUGAUGCUGAUACAAAUAACAACCUCUCUUAUAAUCAUUUUUCGAAUAACCAUUUCUACUAUCGAAAUUUUUUUCAACAUUUUAAUUGUGGAAAUAUUUUUAAGAAUCCAAAUUAUUCAAAUGAAAUAGUUCUUACUAACACUACAUGUUUAAGUGUUCAUUUUAAUUCAAAUAUUUUAUGUAAUUCAAAAAAUUUAAACAAUAAAAACACAAAUGAAUCAUUAGAAGAUAUAAAAGAAAAUGAUCAUACGAAAAAUUCAUCAAAUUUCUUUUUAGAGACAAAUACAUAUUAUGACUUAAAUUUGACAAAAUCUUCAGAUCCAAAUAAUUUUAAAAAAUAA